CGAGCUUGUGCGCAUUCGGCGCUCGUUACCAGAACUGACAUCACCCUCAACACAAAACUAGACGACGACCGCGGACGGUGCUGCGAUUUUCUCUCUCGGAAUUCUUUUUCGAAAGCUGCCAGACCCUCGAAGCCCGAUUUUUACAGACUCAAAAGAAUCCCAAAUUGAGCCAUGCCCAUCUUCACCCCGUCCAACGGUGACCCGCUGGUGGUCCGCAGCACGCUUGGCGUGGUGCCAGAGAACAGCCCCAAGGGCCACCACCUACCAGUCACUCGCAAGGAUUUUGCUGGUAACCGGCCAGCCACCAUGGCCAGUGCUCGGUUCGGUAAUCUCAGUCAGAGUGCUUUCUUCGCCAGGCACAACCCUCAUCCCGGCAGAGUUAGACACAUCAAAGGUUUGCUUGAUAUUCCGAUCUGUUCUGUCCACGAUGAAGGCUUCGUCGUCAACCCUCGUCUUCGCGUGAGGAGGCCUGCCACGGGCACCCUAGACCAGACCCGCAUGUCCCUCCCCGCUAAACUGCCGGUCCAGGCCAUAAACUACCACCCCAACCACAUCAACCCCCCUUUACAAACCCACCGGAUCAAUCAGAUCGACGCCCAAAAGCAGUACCGCCGUUUCCCGCUCUCCGUGCGGGAGCGGGCCGACCCCAAAUUUGGCAUGAUCCCACUGACAGACCUGUGGCGUGAGGAGCUCCGUCAGCUGACUGAGAAGGCCGGCCUGGGCCUGCCCAAGGAGAUCAAGGAGCAACAGGAGGCCCAGCCUAAGAGGACAAGCGUCUACUCAGCUGACACCGGCCGCCUCAUCCCUCCGCCGUCCCGGGCAAUGUCCAGGGGAUUCUCACGCCAGAAGCAGAGACCAAGGGAGCUCUUCCAUCACAUCGCCCCCGAGGUUGACCAGGAAGCACUGGUGAUGGAGAUGUUGUGCCAGAUUCUACAGACAGAUUCCAUUAAUGCUGUUCAGGCCUGGCUCUGCUCAGCUGGACAGAGAGAAAAAGACCUGGUGCUGGACAUGAUCCGCAGCGCCAUCUCUAACGAGGAGGAAUACUGGAAGCGGUCACAGAACCCAGAGUACUACGAGGCGGCCAUCGGAGAGCGCCCCCGCAGCCAGCCCCCACCCAUGAUGAACCUGCAGAACGGCUACGGGGAGCUGGACAGGCCCGACCCCACCCUGAAUGAGGAGGGCAGCCAGAGGCGGCUGGGGACGGCCAACGGCUACUCCCGCUACUCCUAUGAGCAGGAGGCGGAAAAGCGCAAGGUGGCGACUGCCGAGAGGAAGGGAGACACACUCUUUACAGGGGAAGAUCACCCUGCCUUGAGACAGAAGAGCGGCAAGCCUGACAUCUUCAAGAUUGAGCAUGACCAGAGGCCGGCGACCGGCUCCAAGUCCCGCGCCGAGGACCCCCCGGCCCAGGCCCCUAAGACACCCAAGCUGCGCUACAUCUCAACACCAAAAGACGGACAGUCAUCAUCCUGGAAUCCCGAACAGGCCGCUGUAGUCAACUGAGACGUGCCGACGGACACAUGUAUUUAUUCACCGUAAUCAGCAAAUCCCUUGUGAUGUAACUUUAUUCACCAUCAGUUAAAACCACCAGUAAAUCCUGACUGUAUGCUCGUGCACUUCAGGGUUAUUUCAGAAUGUAAGCAUUCUGGAUAUUGAAAUGAGUUUUUCCUUGGGGAAAAAAAUUGUCCAAAGUCCUGGGAAGACUGAUUUCAAUAUACAUUGCAUGGUGUGUGUGUGUGAAAUAUACAAGUAUAAAUGUUCUUUAGCAUUUUAAAGAGAAGGAUGGUAAUAGAGGGUUUGCAUGGCUGCCAUCUUGUAGACCAGUGCUUUUGUUCCACUGGGUAUGCACAAAGGAGGUUUCCCAUGAAACCAAAAGCACUGCCCUGCAAGAUGGCUACCAAGCAAAGCCUCUGUUGCAUGUUUGAACACUCAUACAUGUAUAUGCAGUUUUACACACUUACUUUCGUGUAGUUUUCAACUUAUACCAGUCAAGAUGGGACGGAGGGGUACCCCCCCUCACCUGUCCAAUCCCUAUACACACUCUAGCCUAUUGUUACCUAACACAUCCCC